ACUGAUUAUUAAAACUUCCCAUAGCGCUUAUACAUGCAUCCCUGCUCUCUCUUUUUUACCUUUCUCCGUAGCAGAAAGAAAGGAAAACAUCCCAGGAAACCCUCCCCUCUCCAAAAUUCCUCUCUAUAUAGAACAGGUUAUCAGGGUUUCUGUCUCUCAAAUUCUCUCAAUCAUAAGAAAAAAAACUCUUAACCUGAUUUCUCUCGCCAUUGUUUUCAAUCCCCGUCUGAAGAUUCAUUAUGAGUAAGGAUCGCAAGACUACCGAACUUGAGGAGGGAUGGGAAUAUAUGCAGAAUGGGAUCUCAAAGCUGAAGGGGAUCCUGGAUGGAUCACUAGAGCAAUUCAGCUCUGAAGAAUAUAUGAUGCUUUACACAACUAUCUACAAUAUGUGUACUCAGAAGCCACCAAAUGACUAUUCUCAACAGCUUUAUGACAAGUAUAGGGAAGCUUUUCAAGUAUAUAUUAACUCCACGGUAUUACCAUCAAUAAGGGAGAAACAUGAUGAGUUUAUGCUGAGGGAGCUUGUAAAAAGAUGGGUUAAUCAUAAAAUUAUGGUUAGGUGGUUGUCACGCUUCUUCAAUUAUCUUGACCGUUACUUCAUUGCUCGGAGGUCACUUCCACCACUUAAUGAAGUUGGACUGACUUGCUUCCGUGAUCUGGUUUAUCAGGAAGUGCAUAGUCAAGCCAAGGAUGCUGUGCUUGAUGUGAUUGGUAAAGAACGUGAUGGGGAACAGAUAGACAGAGCACUGCUAAAGAAUGUUUUAGAUAUAUACGUUGAGAUUGGAAUGUCACAAAUGGAUCAUUAUGCAGAUGAUUUUGAAGCACACAUGCUUCAAGGUACUGGUGCUUACUAUUCUGUUAAAGCAGCAAACUGGAUUCGAGAGGAUUCUUGUCCAGAUUACAUGAUAAAGGCUGAGGAAUGCUUGAAGAGAGAGAGGGAUAGAGUUUCUCACUACUUGCAUUCAAGCAGUGAGAUAAAAUUAGUGGAGAAAGUGCAACAUGAGUUAUUGGUGGUCAAUGCAAAUCAACUGCUAGAGAAGGAACAUUCUGGAGUUCGUGCAUUGCUCAGAGAUGACAAGGUGGAAGAUCUAUCCAGGAUGUUUAGGCUUUAUCAUAAGGUUACCCGUGGCUUGGAACCUGUUUCUAAUGUAUUCAAGCAGCAUAUUACUGCUGAAGGAACAGCCUUGAUCCAGCAAGCAGAAGACGCUGCGAGUAGCCAGGCUGCAAAUGGUGGUGUUCAGGAACAAGUUCUCAUUCGAAAGAUAAUUGAGCUGCAUGAUAAAUACAUGACUUAUGUGACUGCUUGUUUUCAAAACCACACAUUGUUUCACAAGGCCAUGAAAGAGGCUUUUGAGAUCUUUUGCAAUAAAACAGUUGCUGGGAGCUCAAGUGCUGAACUACUGGCAACCUUUUGUGACACUAUCCUCCGAAAGGGUGGAAGUGAGAAACUAAGUGAUGAAGCCAUUGAAGAAACACUGGAGAAGGUGGUUAAGCUGCUUGCAUUUAUUAGUGACAAGGACCUUUUUGCUGAAUUUUAUAGGAAAAAACUUGCCCGUCGACUUCUUUUUGAUCGGAGUGCUAACGAUGAACAUGAAAGGAGUAUACUGUCAAAAUUGAAGCAGCAAUGUGGUGGACAAUUUACCUCAAAGAUGGAAGGAAUGGUCACAGAUUUGCAAUUGGCAAAGGAACAUCAGUCCAGCUUUGAUGAGUAUCUUGCCAAUAACCCAUCCACACGUCUGGGGAUUGAUUUGCAAGUAAAUGUUCUCACAACUGGGUACUGGCCAACAUAUAAAUCCUCUGAUAUCAACCUACCUGCAGAAAUGGCUAGGGGAGUGGAAGUUUUCAAGGAGUUCUAUGACCUGAAGAGCAAGCACAGAAAACUAACAUGGAUUUACUCUUUGGGAUCUUGCCACAUUAAUGCCAAGUUUGACCAAAAAACUAUUGAGCUGGUUGUGACGACCUACCAGGCUUGUCUCCUGAUGCUUUUUAAUACUUCAGACAAACUCAGUUAUUCAGAGAUUAUGACCCAGUCAAACUUGAGUGAUGAUGACUUGCCUAGAUUGCUUCAUUCCCUGUCAUGUGGCAAGUAUAAAAUCCUUAGCAAGGAGCCAAACACAAAGACUGUUAACCAAAAUGAUUACUUUGAGUUCAAUCACAAGUUCAAUGAUAGGAUGAGGAGGAUCAAGGUUCCUCUUCCACUUGUUGAUGAAAGAAAGAAGGUUGUUGAAGAUGUCGACAAAGACAGACGGUAUGCUAUUGAUGCUGCAAUUGUGCGCAUCAUGAAGAGUCGGAAAGUGUUGGGUCAUCAACAGCUUGUCUUGGAGUGUGUUGAGCAGUUGAAUCUCAUGUUCAAGCCUGACAUUAAAGCUAUCAAGAAGCGGAUAGAAGAUCUGAUCUCCCGAGAUUAUUUAGAAAGAGACAAGGAAAACCCAAACAUGUUCAAGUACCUGGCUUGAUUUUUGCUUGAAAGGGGAGCUGAAAGGGAGUAUACAGUUGCAGUUAUUCAGAUUAAUCAAUGUAAAUGGCGUAGUUGCAAUUGCCUUUAGUCAUUACACAAAAAAUGAGAAUACAGGGUCAGGAUUGUUGUACAUUUUCUCCUCAAUGCAGCCAGCUUUCUGCAGUGGUCUCAUCUAACCCGCAGUUACUGAAGAUCAGUAGUAGGAAAUAUAACUUCUUAUUGGCACAAGCUUGUUUGAUGCCAUAUGCAAUGUUGCCUUGCUAUUACUACAUUAUCUCGUUGAAAUAUGGUAAUUGCCCCAUUUCGCUUCGA